AUGCAGUUCUCCGUCCUCGCCACCGCAGCUCUUCUGCUAUCUUCUGGUGCAUCAGCCGCCCACCGAGUCGAUUAUCGAUCCCCAUUGUUUCAAGGCCCCCAAUGCUUCCCGUGGCGUGCCACUCAAGUGCUUCGCGCUGGAUUCGGCCAGGUCAUCAUUCCUUCCAUCAUUACCCAGCUUCCGAAGCCUGAGUGUAAGUGA